UAGCUUUCAGAUGUUCGGCUUAUUUAUCUUUUGCUUCGUAAAUUCAGUCACAUACUAUAAAUAACUGGAAUUGAUUCAUCCUCCAUCAGAAAUUAAAUCAUAUUACGAAGACCGGACCUCGUAGUAUCUUAAACACAGCAACAUACCUGUUUUCCCCGUCCGGUCGCUGGAAUUUAGAUCCCUGCAAUUACCGAAUCUGAAAUUAGUUUCUCUGCAAUUAGUCACUUUUUUUUGCUAUUGCUCAGAUGGUAGACCACUUAAAUAUGUAUUGUGCUUGUAGGAGAUGGAGGAGGAAGAUGAUUAUGUUGAUUAUAUACCAGUGGCAAAGCGCAGGGCAAUUGAGGCGCAAAAGAUCCUUCAACGCAAGGGGAAAUCUGAAACAUUUGAAGAGGAAGAAGAGAUGUCCUGAUAGAGAAUAUGCAAUUGCGGCAUUCAAAGCAUGCAAGAAAGAUGUCUUAGUUGCCACUGAUGUUGCCUCAAAGGGGUUGGAUUUUCCUGAUAUUCAGCAUGUGAUUAACUAUGACAUGCCUGCCGAAAUUGAAAACUAUGUGCACAGGAUUGGACGAACAGGACGAUGUGGAAAAACAGGAAUUGCCACCACAUUUAUCAACAAGAACCAGAGCGAAACAACAUUGCUUUAUCUAAAACACUUGUUGCAAGAAGCAAAGCAGAGGAUCCCUCCAGUCCUCGCAGAGCUCAAUGAUCCCAUGGAAGACGUAGAAGAAAUCACAAAUGCAAGUGGAGUAAAGGGUUGUGCAUAUUGUGGUGGGCUUGGUCAUCGUAUCCGUCACUGUCCCAAGCUAGACCACCAAAGAAGCCAGCAAAUUGCAAAUUCAAGGAGGGACUACUUUGGGUCUGGAGGUUAUCGUGGAGAAAUUUGAUUCACAUUUUCAUUUGUUUACUGUAACAUGCAAAAUGUAUUCGCUUGUCUCUGUACUUUAUGAACAAAUUCAGUAAUUUUGCCAUAAAUGUUGUUCUACUUCGUACUCAA